AUGACCAGCCACGGUAGAGAUGUUGAGGCCUUCGAUGCCCACCAGCAGUACCACGACGAAGACGAAAAGAUCGAGAAGGUCGCCCCCAAUGAGUCCCCCCCGGCCGAUGACCCGUUCGGCAACGAAGAGAUGGCCGAAGUCAAGUUCCGCACGAUGAAAUGGUGGAAUUGCGGCAUGCUCAUGAUCGCCGAAAACAUUUCGCUGGGUAUUCUGUCGCUGCCCUCUGCGGUCGCCACCUUGGGUAUCGUCCCCUCCAUUCUCAUCAUCCUGGGAAUGUCGGGUAUCUCCUGGUACACCGGUUAUGUGAUGGGCCAGUUCAAGCUGCGCUAUCCCCAAGUCCACAGCAUGGGAGACGCUGGAGAGCUGCUCAUGGGUCGCAUCGGACGCGAGAUCAUGUUCUUCGGCCAGCUGCUGUUCUGCAUCUUCCUGAUGUCCAGUCACGUGCUCACCUUCACGGUGCUGUUCAACACCAUCACCGGCCACGGCACCUGCACCAUCGUCUUCGGCGUGGUCGGGCUGGUCAUCAGUUGUAUCUUCGCCCUGCCUCGCACCAUGGGCAAGGUGUACUACAUGUCCAUCGUUUCCUGCCUGAGUAUCAUCGUCGCCACCGUCGUCACGAUGAUUGCGCUUGGAGUUGAGGCCCCGGCUCACGUCCAGAACGACGUGACCACCCACCCGAGCUUCGUCAAUGCUUUCUUGGCCGUUACCAACAUCAUCUUCGCUUUCAUUGCCCACGUGGCUUUCUUCGGUAUCAUGUCCGAGAUGGAGGAUGUGCGGGACUUCCCCAAGUCCCUGGCCAUGCUGCAGGUGCUCGACACGACCAUGUACAUCAUCACCGCGAUGGUCAUCUACCGCUACGCCGGACCGGACGUCAAGUCUCCGGCUUUGUCUUCCGCCGGCCCGCUCAUGAGCAAGGUUGCCUACGGUCUUGCCAUUCCUACGGUCAUCAUCGCCGGUGUCAUCUUCGGCCACGUCGCCUGCAAGUACAUCUUCGUGCGGGUGUGGCGUGGGUCUCCCCAGAUGCACACGAACAGCCCCGCCGUGGUCGGAUCGUGGAUUGGUAUCGCCUUGGGUGUGUGGGUGAUCGCCUGGGUGAUUGCCGAGUCCAUCCCCGUGUUCAACGACCUGUUGAGUCUGAUUUGCUCUCUCUUCGGCAGUUGGUUCAGUUAUGGUAUUCCCGCUCUCAUGUGGAUGAUCAUGAACAAGGGCCAAUACACCGCGACCCCUUCGAAGAUCUUCCUGACUAUCGUCAACCUAAUCAUCCUCGGUAUUGCGUGCGCGAUUUGCGGUCUCGGACUCUACGUCUCCGGCAAAUCCAUCCACGACAGCACCUCCUCGGCCAGCUGGACUUGUGCCAACAACGCUCAGUCGUAA